AUGGGGAAGGGGCCUGACGGAGGGACCGGGGGCUCAGAUGAAAUGCCACACAGCUGGGGAUUCGAGACCCUCGGACACUUCGACUUCGGCGCCGACGGCGUCGCCGCCCUGCAGGACUCGGAGACCCUGUGGAAGGUGCGGCAGCUCAACGAGGACGACAUGACCAUGGCGCUGAAGAGGGUGUUCGAGCGAUACAACGUCUGGGAGCGCGGCACAAGCCGCUCCAGAAUGGACAAGAUGCGCUUCAGCAAGGCGCUGCGCGACAGCCAGUUCAUAACUGGGCACUUCAGCGCGGACGUUGGGGACGGCAUCUUCUCUGACGUGCGCCCCGCGUCCGUGCACCAGAUCAACUUCAUCCAGUUCAUCGAGGCGUUGAGGCAUGUGGCGGUGAGGAGCAGGCUGUCGCUGAACGAGGUGAUCGGGAGGGUCGUGGCGGUCGGGGGCCCCAUUGAAGUGCGGCACAAGUAG